CUGGGCAAAGGCGCCCCCCUUGCGCGCCGACGCGCACAACUGGAAAAGCAGCCUCGAAAAGCCAAAAAGAGGCACGCAGCCGCAUGGCCGGCGACGGCGAGGGGGCCGCCGCCUUUGCGGCGGCGAAGGCGGAGUGGCUCGACGGGUCUGGUGGCCUGCCGCUGCUGCGGUGGUGGCGCGCGUCGGGCGGCGGCGAGCUGCUGGGGCGCUGGGACGCGGUGCGCGCCGGGGCCGUGGCGCCGGCGCUCGCGGCGGUGUCGGGCGCGUGCCUCGCCAUGUCGGCGAUGCUGCUCGCGGAGGCCGUGUUCAUGGCCGCCGCCAGCCUCGUGCGGCGGCGUCCCGAGCGGCGGUACAGCGCGGGCCCGCUCGGCGCCCAGGACGGCGAGGACGAGGAGCGCGGCCUCCUCGGCUACCCCAUGGUGCUCGUCCAAAUCCCCAUGUACAACGAGAGGGAGGUGUACAAGCUUUCGAUCGGAGCAGCGUGUGGGCUGUCGUGGCCGUCGGAUAGGGUCAUCGUACAGGUUCUAGACGAUUCCACGGAUCCAACGAUCAAGGAUCUGGUGGAGCUGGAAUGCAAAAUUUGGGCUAAGAAAGGCAAGAACGUAAAAUAUGAGGUCAGAAACAAUCGAGAAGGAUACAAGGCUGGUGCACUGAAAGAGGGGAUGCUGCAUGCUUAUGUCCAACAGUGUGAUUUCCUCGCUGUAUUUGAUGCCGAUUUCCAACCGGAACCUGACUUCCUCAUGAGAACCAUCCCAUAUCUCGCACGUAAUCCACAAAUUGCUCUUGUUCAAGCACGCUGGGAGUUCGUUAAUCCCAAUGAAUGCCUGAUGACAAGGAUACAAAAGAUGACACUAGAUUAUCACUUUAAAGUAGAGCAGGAGGCAGGUUCAUCUACAUUUGCCUUCUUUGGUUUUAAUGGAACUGCUGGGGUAUGGAGAAUUUCUGCCAUCAAGGAAGCUGGGGGCUGGGAUGAUCGAACCACAGUUGAAGACAUGGAUUUGGCAGUCAGAGCAGGCUUGAAAGGAUGGAAAUUUGUCUAUGUUGGCGAUGUCAAGGUAAAAAGUGAACUGCCAAGCAAUCUGAAGGCAUAUCGCCGUCAACAACACCGUUGGACAUGUGGGGCAGCAAAUUUAUUCCGAAAGAUGGGAGCAGAGAUAUUGCUUACUAAGGAGGUGUCACUUUGGUGGAAGCUUUAUUUGCUAUACAGCUUCUUCUUGGUGAGGAAGGUUGUUGCUCAUGUGGUACCUUUCGUGCUCUACUGUGUAGUGAUCCCAUUUUCGGUGCUAAUUCCUGAGAUCAAAAUUCCUGCUUGGGGGGUGGUUUAUAUUCCUACAGCAAUAACCGUUCUAUACGCCGUCCGAAAUCCAAGUUCUAUCCACUUCAUACCAUUCUGGAUCCUCUUUGAGAAUGUCAUGUCUUUUCACCGAACAAAGGCAACGUUCAUCGGUUUGCUGGAGUUGGGAAGUGUAAACGAGUGGGUGGUCACAGAGAAGCUUGGCAGUGCAAGCAAUACAAAGCCCGUGCCUCAGAUACUCGAAAGGCCUCGCUGCAGGUUUUGGGACAGAUGGACCGUGUCAGAACUUCUGUUUGCUGUGUUCCUUUUCGUUUGUGCGACCUACAACUUGGUCUAUGGAAGCGACUUCUAUUUCAUCUACAUAUAUCUGCAGGCUAUAACAUUUAUCAUUGUUGGCACUGGUUUCUGCGGAACCUCUAACUCAUAGCAGCCAUAACAACUGAUCCAACCACAGGAACUAUAUCUUCACUGUAGGCAUGAUGUAACAACCUUGUCUUCUAGGGAAUAUUUUCUAUGUAAUAACCUCAUUCCUUUCGCUGUGAAUAGCAUCAGGCGAAGCGCAGCUGCCUUUUAGAAACAGGUUGGCGGAAAUCUAAAACGUCAUUUCUGUGUAACAACGUUCCACUGUUAUUGUACUUUUGCUUUUACAUUUACCGGGAUUGUGCUAUCAGCACAAUUUGGGAAUACAAUCACAUUGUACCGUUAAACAGGUUAUUGGACAGAACAUGAUUUUUCGGGUA